GUCAUAGAAUCUCCAGUAUUUCCUGGAAAGGAGACAAGGAAAAGUCACAAGAAGUUCUUGCUCGCCUCUAAAAAGUUGUUUACUGGACUUCAUUUACAGUCUAAAGCGAGAGAAGGUUAAACGAAAAACAGAAUGUCUCUGAUGGAGCACGGUGGUGUUGCCCCCAUCAGGCCGGUGACGGCAGUGGCCUGGGCCUCCAACAGCAGCACCUGUCCCAAAGACUUCAACCUGAUUAGUAUAACCGAGGAUGGAGCUGCUGCUAACUUCACACGGAGCUUCGCCAUGAAGUCUGGCUACUACCUCUGCUACAGCAAGGACAUGUCAGGUGGUAUGGUAGUAUCUGAUGUCCAGGUGAUCUCAGAGAAGGAGACUGUUCCUCAUGGGUACUGUUACAUACCUGAACACCUGGAGCCUAGGGCCUCUGUGUCGAAGAAGAAGCGUGUGUGUGUCCGAAUGGUUCCAGUGGGUGGUGUGGAGACCGCUGUACUGGACAUCAAACUGACUGCUAAGAGUAGAAUGAUGCUGCAGCACUACACCUGUUUAGGGGACAUGAAUGGGUAUGUGAUGUGGUGUAGGAAGGGGCCCUUCUCCAGCCCUCUACCCCAGGCCAAGCCUCGCAGCCUCAGCCUUGACCUCCGUAAGCUCUCCCUGGACCAGAACCCCCCUCCACUACCCCUCAGACCCAGCAACGCUCCACCCCCGCCCCCUGGCAGGAAGCUCAGCCAUCGCCGCAGCAACCUCCAAUUGAACGACACCGUGGACAAAGUGGUCGACAGCAGCAGCAUCUACGGCAUCUCAGCCAUAGAUGGUGUUCCCUUCACUCUGCACCCCAAGUUCGAGACCCAAACGAACGGCAUGACCCCAACAAACACUCUGAACAACAUUCGCAUCAAGUCUGUCCAGGACAUUGAAAAUGAGUACAACUACACUUUCAUCGUGGAGGAAAACGCUGCCAAGAGAACCAGACCUCUCACCACAGGAAGCACCUCUUAGGCUCAAUGACCUUUCAACUCCGACCUCAACAACGGCAGCCUGCUUGACCCACAGCCCCACGGGGGGUCAAUGUGAUAUGUCAGGGUCAUGAGAUGAUAAUCAAUGUCCAAGUGCCUAGAAGAUGACUGACUAUAACAGAAGUGUCAUUCUACAUUCCAGAGUUCCUCCACAACUCCAUUUUUAUUCCGUGUUCUAAACUCUUACACAUUCCAUUCUCUCCACCAUAGUGUCUUAUAUGAGACCAGUUAGUUAUUUAUAUAUAUAUAUAUAUAUAUAUGUAUGUGUUAGAGAUGACUCUUUGAGGGGAAGAGAAUGUUGUUUGGCAGGGUAUGCUUGUUUCUCUUGUAAGAAUAAUGGAGGGAACCUAUUGCUCUUUCUAUUGAUUGUUAUUGGGGUGUUUAGGGACCAAACUAAAUGUUGUUACACUUUCAAUGUAAAUAAUGUUACUAUCAUGUCUCUGUAGUGAGACAUGGGUCAUUUCAUUGAAGUAUGUUACCUGUAACUGGUCAUAUUUUCUGUAUAUUGCACAAGCGUAAAACAAAUAAAAUACCUAAUAAUUUA